CCGCAGGUGGGUGGCUCCCUGGGACAUCCCCGGCUGCCCGGGCUUUAUGCGCCGUUUGGAAUGAGCGGCAACUGCAGCACGGUGUCACCGGGCAUGCAGAGAGCCGGCAGCUGGCUGUGGCGAGGCCGCUAGCGCCCGGGCCCUCUCGGUGUGUUGCAGCGGGACAUGCAGGCGCAGCUGGCUGAGUUUGACGAAGGUAGUCCCGGGCCCUCAUGUAAGCGAGCUCCCAGCCCGCCAGCAGAGCAGGCCGCGUCCUCCUGGCUCCGACGCACCCUCCAGAGUCUGCGGGCCAGCCCGAGCCUGAGGCUGGUGUUCCGGGAGCCGGCGCCGGUGUCCGUGCUGGCCGUGCAGCGGUACCUCGGGGAGGAGACCCGGGCACCCUAUUACUACGACAUCACCCUGUGGGAUGGGAUGGAGCGGGACACCUGGAUGCUGUCCCCGGAGCUCAGCCACCUGGUGCACAGUAACCGGCUACACUGCGGCUCCCGGGCCGCCCUCACCCGCUGCUCCUACCGCUACCAGGAGAAGAGGCUGGCCAGCGGCCUGGUGUGCGUGGAGGAGCUGCAGCUGGUUGCGGACGGGACCGGGGAGGACCACAGUCAGGAUUCCCCGGGCCCUGAGCUGCCCCUCUGCGGGGACAGGAAGCACUAUCUGCCCCUAUGGAAUAACGAUGACCCGUACGGCGAGAUAUGGGCUCAGAGAACCCCGGCGGAAGACGUCAGUGUGGAUGUUCUUGAGCUAUUGGACAUAAUCGUCGGGUCCCUUACUAUCAGAGGAGGUGACAGGACUGGUGGUUAUAUCAUAGUACAUCAGGGCCUUAUCAAUGCCUUUGGAGUGUCAAAAGUAUGUUCAUUACAGAAUCUGGAUAUGCGAUGGCAAGCAAAAAUAACUUUACCUCCUCUGCUUGUAAGGAUCAUGCACAAAUCCAGACUUCGUUAUUUUGGCAAAGCAGACAAGAAAAUGGACUUUCCUUACCAAGCUUAUUUUGAGGUAGCAGAUCACUCUGGUAGGAUGUCUCUUGUUUUGUGGAAUUCCCUCUGCCCAGAAUGGUACAAUACACUUCAGAUCGGCAAGGUGAUUUUGCUCCAGCAGUAUGUCUUGAAGAAGAGUUAUCCCAAUCGGACACUUCCAACAUCGGAGAAUACGCAGGUGAAGAGACUGCCUUCACUUGAAAUAAGUUUGAAUGCCAGAGAUCCUCCAUCCAAGAUUUCCUUUCUCCAAGAAAAGCAUGUGAAGCCUGAGUGGAAAUUGCCAGCCGUGAAAUAUCAAUUUAUGACAAGAUUGGAUUUCAAUGAUCUACCUCACAAUAAAGUCUGUGAUGUUAUAGGACUUGUGACCUAUGUUGGAAGAUCUGAGCGGAAAAGGAUCAGAGAUGAUAGUGAAGACUUCUGGCUGUAUCGCUGGGUUCACAUGAUCGACGGGACCUCAGAACAACCAUUUCUACUUGAGAUUUUUGCAACCUCACAGCCGGACAUAUUUGAAAAUAUACACCCAAUGUCUUAUUUGGUGUGCACACAGAUGCGUGUGGUCCGAGAAUAUCCUGAGGAUACCUCUUACAAAGCCUACCUUACAACGUCUAAUGAAAGUCAGGUGUAUAUAUCUGGUUAUCAUAAAGGACAGCUGUACACCAGCGAUGAGAAAGUAAAAGCUUUUAUUAACUGGAUGAAAACUCAAAAUGAAUCGGAUGUGAAGAGAAAAGUCACAAUUGGUGGCUAUCACCCGUACCCGCAAACUCCUGCGACCUUUACCAAGUACUGUAAUGAUACCAAAGUAGAAAAAAUAUUGACUACAAUCCAUGAACUAAAGACAAUAAUUGAGCAGCUUCAUUACAGGGAACGCAGGCGUGUCGCUGUACAGGGUAUAAUUGCUGCAUGUAGGUUUGUGGAGAAUAUUACAAGUGACACAUCUGAAGUAGAACAUUUCCAUGAAACGGAAAACAUGGUGCCUGUACCAACAUGUACUGUUCCACAGUUUGGGACCAGAGAACCAAUUGCUGAGAUACUCACUUUAGGCGGUCAACAAAGAGACCAUCCUGUAGGGAUAAACCAUUCUGGCAACCUGUUACAGCACUGUACAGAAGAGCUCACACCUCAGGGUGAAACCAAUAAUGUGAGCCUGGUGAAAAGAAGGAAAAAGCAACGGGAACCCAUACUUAAUGAGCUUGCAUCAGAAAGCCACCCUAGCAUGCCGCACUCAGCCUGCGAUCUGGAUACUAGCUCCCAGGAAUCCCUCUUUUCCGAAGAGAAAGAUGCUGGUAGCUACGUUGCUGAGAGUGAUAAGAGUGACAGAACACCAAGCCUUGGGUCGUCUUGGGAAAAUGAUUUGUGGUCCGAGGUCAAACACGCCAUAACAGAAUGCCUACAUUAUAGCAGCAUAUUUCCAGAAAGCCUCCCCCAAAAGUUUAAUUACAACCAAAAGGAGAUUCUGAUGCAGCAAUACAAUCUUCACCCAGCAAAAAUCAUCAAAUCUAAAAUCUAUGGCUGUAAAAGGAAAAUUCCUGAUUAUGCCAGUGUCUGUGGCCUUGGUCACUAUGAAUUCACCAUACUAGGUAUAAACCAAAAUAUAGCCAUAGAUGUGUCUCUGCCUGUGUUUGAUCACUUGAGUCUGUUUGGCACGAAUUGUCCUCCAAGCCUUCUCCAAUCUGCUGGAACAAGUGUGACCGCUGAAAAUCGGGACCACCAUUGGGUUACUCUUAGGGAUGACCUUGUGGAAUAUGCGAAGGCACGGGACAGGCUGCAUCUUGUCUGUAUCUUGGACAUCUGUCACCUCGGUGAAAGCAAAGUGGAAGUUUGUUUGAACAGAGUGUAUCCUGUUACAGACUGUGCUGCAGAUGCCUGAACUGUCUGCACUACCAGAUACAUGAUGCCAAUUAUUGUAGUGUACUUUGGUUCCAAAAUGUUUUAUAUUUUGUUUCCAAGACUGUCUCUUCCCUACACAUAACUGUGGAUUAAGCUGAUACCUGAACAUACAAAAUAGAAACAAACAUGUUACAUUUGCUGUAGGUUAGCACUUUCUUUUUGUAUUGACUUGUUUAGAAGCCAGCAUAAAGUUGCCUACAAUACCUUCUAGGCAGCUGUAAAUAUGUAGUAUUGAGUGUGCGCAUAAAACAUAUAUUAGCAAGGUCAUGUUGAGUGAUCCUGAGAAACAUCAAGUGACCUCAUCAAGCUGCCAGCUUUCAGCCCAUUGGCUAUGAAUGAUCACAUGAGAUCAGUGACACAGCAGUUUCUGCCCACUUCAUCUCUUUACAUAAUACCUGUUGCAUUAUAUCUCAGGAGGGUAGGUGCAGAGUUUCUGAAUAUUGGGGUGGGUAUUAAUAACUUUGCAGUGCAGUUAGGCUUUUACUCAGGCUAUAGUACUGGUUAGGUUAAGCUAAACCGCAAAUUAGUCCUCUUAAGUUUCUUUUUGGCAGUUCUCAAGAAUGUUUGAUCAUAGGCCAGCUAUGAACACAGAAGACAGAGUAUUUACUGUAGAUUGGACGUUUAAAAUAACCUAAAUGUAUUCCCUGAUUCAAUACAGCACUAACCCUCAGUUACUAUUGUAGAAUUAUUUUCUAUUUCUCUAUCGUCCUAGUGGAUGCUGGGGUUCCUGAAAGGAC